CUUUAUUUUUAACAUGUGACAUGAAUAAAAAAAGUGCAAAAUUAAGUCAUAUGGCUAAAAAUGAGAUUAAAAGACAUAAAAUUCUCCAAAUGGAUCAUAAUUAUUGGCAAUUGCCUCGAUUGAAAUUAAAUAUGUUUAUGGAAUUAGAUAAACUGUUGUCCAAUCCUAAUCAUUUAAAUUUUGAAAAUAUAUUAUGGUAUUGUAAUAAAUGUCACCAUGUUAAACCAAUAACUAUGCAAAAUAUCUUCAAUUUUUUGCAUAUGUUUAUACCAAUGGAGCCAAUAUUUAUAAAGGAUCAAAUUAAAUAUUUACAAAUGAAUUGGUGUGAUAUUAUUAAUGUUAGAAGACUAAGUCAAGUUAUAGUCAUAGCUAUAGAAAUAGAUAUAUCUAUUCCAAAAGAAGAAAUAUCAAAUGGUGCUUUGAAAAUUGGAAUAAAAAUGCAGCCUGACAAAACAAAUGGUUGUAAAAUAUCACAAGAUUUAAAAAACAAAGAAUUAGAUGAAAGUGAAUGUGGAGUAAUUGAAAUGGACACACCUUCAAUCUAUUUCGAUUUCAAGAACUACCUAACAAACAUUAACGAUUUUAACAAUAAAAAAUCUAUAGAUGAAGAAUUCAAUGCGAAUUCCUUAUUCAUAAAGCAUUUCCCUGAAUUGACUAAUGCCUUGACUCAUAAGACUACUCAUAAAAGAUUUAAAGGUGGUAAGAAUAAUACCCAAAAUAUUAGGAGCCUUAUGGACGAAACGAUUAUAUUACCUUUUCUGCCACCUCACGGUGGUUUAAUCCAGAUUGAAAAUCAAUUACGUCAGCUUCAUAAGAGGAUUACUUCUCGAUCACAAACAGCAACAUUAACCAGGAAUCACCUAAUUCCCGAUAAAAUGUUGACCAACGAGAAAUCAGCAUUCAUUGCCAUAAACGAAUUUCAGGAUUCUGGGCUGAACAUUCCUCAUCCUAGCACCAGCCAUCUUGAUCAAUUUCCGAGAUUGCGUCUCCUUGCCACUAAAGAAUUGUUGAAUAGGGAUGGAUUUCCCGUGGGACCUAGAGAUGAAAAAAACUCCCCUCAUCGCAAUUUUAUAUACUCCAUGCCCGACGGAAUUUAUCCAGCUCUUAGAUCCGACAUACCCCUCCUAGCUAUCGAUUGCGAAAUGUGUGUCACUUAUACUCACAACAAUAAAGAAGAUGACAAAUGUCUCAUUCGGGUUUCGGCGGUCGAUGAAACUCUGACCCCAGUGUACGAUCAGCUAGUUAAACCUGAUGGCCCUGUCAAAGACUAUCUUACCGCCUGGUCUGGAUUGACUGAAGAUGAUUUGAUUGACGUUACCAUCACUUUGAAAGAUGUACAAAGGGAUAUAGCCAAGAUGAUACAACGGGAUAAGAGGGGAGCCAUUAUAUGUGGCCAUUCCUUGAAUUUCGACCUUCUAGCCCUGAAGAUGUUCCACCCAUAUGUUAUCGAUACAUCAAUCAUUUACAAUAUAAGAGGCGAUUCUCACUUCAAAAAAUCAAAACUUAAAACUCUCGCCAAAAUAUUUCUGGGUAAAGAAAUUCAGAAUGCCGAUAAGAUUGGACAUGAUAGCAUUGAAGAUGCCAGAACUGUCAUGGAACUAGUUUUACUCAAAUUAAGAACAGGUCAGGAUUUUGGCGACAUAACCAGACGUUAUCAUUUUAAAUAUGAUCAAAACACUGAAUUAUUAAUGUCUAAAAUAGACAUUUCUCCAAAUUCCGCACUUGGGAGCAAUUCUUUUAAGUUAUAUUGCCCAAAAUGUUUUCCUGCUCUCCGGUUGGUCGCUGACCAAGCACGUGACAUGCAACUUAUUACUUCAAGUUAUGCCAAUCAAAAGAAUGCCAAGAUGAGAUUAGACGAAGCUAUAUCGGAUGAUAACGCCAUAUCUGAUUGUGAAUCCUGUCUUGUAAACCACAAGAACUCCAUAUCUAGACAAAAGGAUAAAUCAUGGCAAAUUUUAUCCCUCACCUCAUCAAGCCAAAAUAUCGAUGAUGAACCGCCGGUCGUUUCAGAUUCCACGAAGAGAUUGAAUAGCAAUUUUUUGAAAUUUUCCGAUCCUAUUUCUUUACUCACUUAUCAAAAGCUACACUCACUAGAUAAAUAUGUGACUUUUACAAAUUUAAGAAUCCCAGUGAAUACCGAAAAUUACGAAAAUAUGGACCUGACAUUGAAAGAUUUAUAUACCUCUUCCCCUUCCAACACUUUAUUCAUUCCAAUAGUCUGGCUAACCUCUCAACAACAUAAGAAUCAAAUUAAGUCUACAUCGACUGUGACAUCCUUGGACAUCGGUUCUCUAUGGAUGAAAAUUAAAAGAUGAUUAUAUAUGGCGCUUUUGUAGUUUAUAAUAAAUUAUUAUGCCUGUCACGUUUUAUAUAAUAUGUUUUUAAUUAGAUAUCACAAAAAUAUUUGGGUAAAUGAAGACUAAAUCUAUAAUCUCUAGUUUGACUCAGUUAAUUUUUUAUACUGAAGGUUUAUUGGGUCCUUUUUACACGAAUUUUGUUCCACUGUAAAUAAUUUAAAAAUCUAACUAGUUUUUUUUAACACAUGUAUAAUUUAUCUUUAAUUAUAGACUUUUGUCGGCCAUCCCCAGGGUCUUGCAGAAGGGGGGCGAGCAGGACAGCUGACCCUGGCCUUCGAAAUUAGAGAAUUUUAGGGGCCGCCAAAUUUUGUAAUUUUACUCAUUUAUUUUUAGCUCUUGAAAAAAGGGAUUUUUUUUCUUUAUACUACAUACAAGC